UCACUGCGGCUCCGGACAAAGCCGGCCUGAGCUGCUGUCGCCGAUCUCAAAAGUGUCCAAGUCCGGCUCAGUGUUCAGGGCGAUGGGGGUCGUUCCUUAUCUCUGUCUCCUCCUGUCUUGUCUGGCAGGCGUGCGGUCCGCCGUCGUACUGACACAGCCCGAGUCAGCGGUGGUAAAUCCCGGACAGUCCCACAGACUGACCUGUGCGGUCAGUGGGUUCAGCCUCAGCGGCAAUGCCAUGUACUGGGUGAAACAGGUCCCCGGGAAAGGGCUGGAGUGGCUGGCCGUUGUAUGGGGUGGUGGUAGCAAAAAUUACGCGACUGGAGUCCAGAGCCGAUUCGAGGUUUUCAAGGGCAGCAGCACCGUCUAUCUGCAAAUGAACAACCUGAGACUGGACGACACGGCCACCUAUUACUGUCACUGUGACGAUCUUGACUACUGGGGUGGAGGAACCUCGCUGACAGUGACUUCAGAGGUCAAGUCAUUGCCAUCAGUCUACAUCACUCCUUCCUGCAACACAGAAUCUGACCAAAAGAUCAGCCUCCUCUGUCUGGUCAAGGACUAUCAGCCUGAGAGCAUCAGUCAGACAUGGUCCACUAACAGUGGGGUCAUCACCACUGGAAUCAAGAAAUACCCAGCGGUGUUGGGGAAAAAUUCAAAGUACACGAUGUCCAGCUUGCUCGAAGUCUCUGCGGUGGACUGGAAGAAGAAUAAAGUCUACUCCUGCAAGGCAGGGAGUGUGACAUCGCAGUGGCAGAAACCUCAACCUCAAUCUCCGAAGCUCAGCUCCCUUGUUCCAUCCCGGGAGGCAAUCCACAGUCAAGCAAAUGCUGUUCUGGGCUGUGUGAUAUCUGGAUUCGCUCCUGACAACGUUAAAGUAUCCUGGAAAAAAGCUGGAUCUGCCCAAAAAGGCAUCAUUCUCCCUUCCACUCCGAGAUCUGAUGGUGGAUUUGAAACAAUCUCUUACCUGACAGUGCCUGUGCAGGAAUGGACCAAGAAACAGAAAUAUACUUGUGAAGUGAAUCACACACCUUCCGGUUUCAGUGGGCAGGUCAACAUGAUGUAUGAAGGGGAAUUGGCUGUCUUUAUUCAAAAUCCCAAUAUUGAAGAGAUGUGGAUCGACAAGACUGCUACCGUGAAGUGCACAGUUAUCUGUACAGAUCCUGAAAAUAUCCGCAUCUCUUGGCAUGUGGGCGGGAAGGAGAAAACUAAAGGGGUUCACACCCAUCAAGCGGAGAGGGACGGGUCCCGAUACAGAGUGCUCAGUGAACUCCAGAUCAGUGUGGAGGAGUGGUUCAGUGGGGUGGAGUACGAGUGCUCUGCUCAGGAAUCUCCUUCAUCUUCCCGAGUGUCAGCACGCACCAAUAGUACCAAAGUCGAGAUAAAAAGUCCCAAGGUCACUCUGCUGCCUCCAUCACAGGAAGAGACCAAGAAUAGGAAAACGGCCACACUGGAGUGUGUGAUCUUCGGAUUCUACCCGGACCAAAUAAAUGUCAUCUGGGAGAAAGGCAACACCGUGAUCACCUCCAACACCAGGGCUACACCGACCGCUCUGGAGCAGGGGUGGACUUUCAGUGCCAGACACUUCCUGACCGUGAGUUUACAGGAAUGGAAGUCAGAAUCAGUCUUCAGCUGUACAGUGACUCAUCCCCCCUCCAACACCCGUAUCAAGAAGCAAGUGAAGAAUGUCCAAGAAUUGGCUGUCUUUAUUCAAAAUCCCAACAUUGAAGAGAUGUGGAUCCACAAGACCACUACCGUGAAGUGCACGGUUAUCUGUACAGAUCCCGAAAAUAUCCGCAUCUCGUGGCACGUGGGUGGGAAGGAGAAAACUAAAGGAAUUCACACCCAUCAAGCGGAGAGGGACGGGUCCCGAUACAGAGUGCUCAGUGAACUCCAGAUCAGUGUGGAAGAGUGGUUCAGUGGGGUGGAAUACGAGUGCUCUGCUCAGGAAUCUCCUUCAUCUUCCCGAGUGUCAGCACGGACCAAUACUACCAAAGUCGAGAUAAAAAGUCCCAAGGUCACUCUACUGCCUCCAUCACAGGAAGAGACCAAGAAUAGGAAAACGGCCACACUGGAGUGUGUGAUCUUCGGAUUCUACCCGGACCAAAUAAAUGUCAUCUGGGAGAAGGGCAGCACCGUGAUCACCUCCAACACCAGGGCUAUACCGACCGCUCUGGAGCAGGGGUGGACUUUCAGGUCCAGACACUUCCUGACCGUGAGUUCACAGGAGUGGAAGUCAGAAUCAGUCUUCAGCUGUACAGUGAUUCAUCCCCCCUCCAACACUCGUAUCAAGAAGCAGGUGAAGAAUGUCCAAGAAUUGUCUGUCUUUAUUCAAAAUCCCGACAUUGAAGAGAUGUGGAUCCACAGGACCGCUACCAUGAAGUGCACAGUUAUCUGUACAGAUCCAGAAGAUAUCCACAUCUCUUGGCACGUGGGCGGGAAGGAGAAAACUAAAGGAGUUUUCGAACAACCACCGCAGACGGACGGGACUCGAUACAGAGUCCUCAGUGAACUCCAGAUCAGUGUGGAGGAGUGGUUCAGUGGGGUGGAGUACGAGUGCUCUGCUCUGGGAUCUCCUUCAUCUUCCCGAGUGUCAGCACGCACCAAUACUACCAAAGUCGAGAUAAAAGGUCCCAAGGUCAGUCUGCUGCCUCCACCUCAGGAAGAGACCAAGAAUAGGAAAACGGUCACACUGGAGUGUGUGGUCUCUGGAUUCUACCCGGACCAAAUAAAUGUCAUCUGGGAGAAAGGCAGCACCGUGAUCACCUCCAACACCAGCGCUACACCGACCGCUCUGGAGCAGGGGUGGACUUUCAGUGCCAGACACUUCCUGACCGUGAGUUUACAGGAUUGGAAGACAGAAUCAGUCUUCAGCUGUACAGUGACUCAUCCCCCCUCCAACACCCGUAUCAAGAAGCAAGUGAAAAACAUCCAAGAAUUGUCUGUCUUUAUUCAAAAUCCCAACAUUGAAGAGAUGUGGAUCCACAGGACCGCUACGGUGAAGUGCACAGUUAUCUGUACAGAUCCCGAAGAUAUCCACAUCUCUUGGCAUGUUGGCAGGAAGGAGAAAACUAAAGGAAUUGUCGAACAACCACCGCAGAUGGACGGAGCUCGAUACAGAGUCCUCAGCGAACUCCAGAUCAGUGUGGAGGAGUGGUUCAGUGGGGUGGAAUACGAGUGCUCUGCUCAGGAAUCUCCUUCAUCUUCCCCAGUGUCAGCACGGACCAAUAGUACCAAAGUCAUGAUAAGAAGUCCCAAGGUCACUCUGCUGCCUCCAGCUCAGGAAGAGAUGAAGAAUUGGAAAACGGCCACACUGGAGUGUGUGGUCUCUGGAUUCUACCCAGACCAAAUAAAUGUCAUCUGGGAGAAAGGGAACACCAUGAUCACCUCCAACACCAGCGCUACACCGACCGCUCUGGAGCAGGGGUGGACUUUCAGUGUCAGACACUUCCUGACCGUGAGUUUACAGGAUUGGAAGACAGAAUCAGUCUUCAGCUGUACAGUGACUCAUCCCCCUUCCAACACCCAUAUCAAGAAGCAAGUGGAGUACGUCCAAGAAUUGUGUGUCUUUAUUCAAAAUCCCGACAUUGAAAAGAUGUGGAUCGACAAGACUGCUACCGUGAAGUGUACAAUUAUCUGUACAGAUCCCGAAGAUAUCCACAUCUCUUGGCACGUGGGCGGGAAGGAGAAAACUAAAGGAAUUCUCACCCACAAAGCGGAGAGGGACGGGUCCCGUUACAAAGUGCUCAGUGAACUCCAGAUCAGUGUGGAGGAGUGGUUCAGUGGGGUGGAGUACGAGUGCUCUGCUCAGGAAUCUCCUUCAUCUUCCCCAGUGUCAGCACGGACCAAUAGUACCAAAGUUGAGAUAAAAAGUCCCAAAGUCAGUCUGCUGCCUCCAGCUCAGGAAGAGACCAAGAAUAGGAAAACAGCCACACUGGAGUGUGUGGUCUCUGGAUUCUACCCAGAUGAAAUAAGUGUCACCUGGGAGAAAGACAGCACCGUGAUCACCUCCAACACCAGCGCUACACCGACCGCUCUGGAGCAGGAGUGGACUUUCAGUGCCAGACACUUCCUGACCGUGAGUUUACAGGAGUGGAAGUCAGAAUCAGUCUUCAGCUGUACAGUGAUUCAUCCCCCAUCCAACACCCGUAUCAAGAAGCAAGUGAAGAAUGUCCAAGAGUUGUCUGUCUUUAUCCAAAAUCCCUCCAUUGAAGAGAUGUGGAUCAACCAGACCGCUACUCUGGUGUGUAUGAUUGUGGGUGCUGAUCUGAGCCGGGUCCAAAUCCACUGGCAGGUGAACGAGAGGGAAAAAGUCAAAGCAAAUGCGACCAAAAAACUGAGAGAGGAAGGAACCCAAGACACAGUGAUCAGCCAACUGCAGACCAGUGUGGAGGAGUGGACCAGUGGGGUGGAGUACACUUGCUCUGCCCAACAACCUUCUGCAACCUCACCAGUAUCAGCACGGACAAAAAGUACCAAAGUGGAGAUAACAAGUCCCAAAGUCAGACUGCUGCCACCGCCAGAGGGAGAGACCAAGAGUGGGAACACGGUCACCCUCGAGUGUGUUGCCUCUGGAUUCUACCCGGACCAAAUAACUGUCACCUGGGAGAAAGGGGACUCUCUGAUCUCUUCCAACACCAGUGUGAGACCAACUGCUCUGGAACAGGCAGGGACUUUCAUUGCCAGCUACGUCCUGACCGUGAGCACAGAGGAGUGGAAGGAAGGCUCAGUUUUCAGAUGCACAGUGUCUCAUCCCCCCUCCAACACCAGUGUCAGGCAGGAUGUGAGAAACAUUCAAGAAACCUGCACAGACUUGACAGGAGAGGAGGGGAAGGAAGAACAGGGACACGUGGAUGGAAAUGACAAUGCGUUUACAGUUGCUGCCUUUGCCGUUCUGUUCAUCAUCAGUUUCCUCUACAGCACCUUCGUCACCGUUGUCAAGGCUCAGCAGUGACCAGCAGAUACGCGCCCCACGUUCAAUGAAGAAAUCCCCCUGUGGCUGCGAUGUUUGGAAAUGGAGUCUCCAUCUCACUCACUCGGCAAUCCGAGGCUACUGCACUGCAACUGCUCAUUUCAGGAAAUAAACCUCUAAAUGUACCGGGGAUGCCAGAUGGGAAAUGGGGGCACCGAGCUGGUUUGGUGGGUGGAGGGACAACAGUGGAUGAUACAUUGGGAAAAUGGCAGGAUAUGUGACACUGGAGGGGGUAGGCAGGAAGGGAGA